GCACAGCCCGCCCGCCGCCGCCGUCUCGCUCGGCCCGGCCCGCAGCUCUAGUCUGACCCACUUCCUCCAUCCCGCCCCGGCCCCACCAUGGAGAAUGAGCAGCUCCCAGCUUCCACUCCUGCCAGCAGUGCCGGUGGUGCGGCCCCAGCGCUCACCAGCACCACGGCCACGCGCCCAUCCGGGCCCCAGAUCUCCGUCUACAGCGGCAUCCCCGACCGCCAGACCGUGCAGGUGAUCCAGCAGGCGCUGCACCGGCAGCCCAACACGGCGGCGCAGUACCUGCAGCAGAUGUAUGCGGCACAGCAGCAGCACCUCAUGCUGCAGACGGCUGCACUCCAGCAGCAGCACCUCACCAGCGCUCAGCUCCAGAGCCUGGCUGCUGUCCAGCAGGCAAGCCUGGCGGCGAACCGGCAAAGUGGCUCCUCAGGGGGCAAUUGCACCCAGCCGGCCCCGGCACAGCAGCCCACAAUCAACCUGGCGACGUCGCCGGCGGCGGCACAGCUGCUGAACCGGGCGCAGAGUGUGGGGCCCGGGUCAUCAGGCAUUGCUCAGCAGGCUGUGCUGCUGGGCAACACUGCCUCACCUGCCCUCACCGCCAGCCAGGCCCAGAUGUACCUGCGGGCACAGAUGCUCAUCUUCACGCCCACGGGCCCUGUCAGCACUGUCCGGCCCGAGAGCCCCGCGCCAGCCCCUCCACCGGCCCCGCCACCUGCCCCACCACCCACCACCCCUCAGGUGCACAGCCUGGCCCUGCGCCCCGCCGGCCCCCACCUCCCUGCCCUGGCCAUGAAGCCUCCCGGGGGUGCCCCUCCCCGGGCUGGCCCCCCCCGGGGGCCCCCGCCCGACCCCCCCGCCGAGCACCUCAAAAAGGCCGAGGGGCACGAGGGCCGCACCCAUGCCCUGGCCCGCACCACCGCCCCCGCUGCCACCCACCCGCUCGUCACCCCAGCCUAUGCCCCACUGCAGCCCCCCCAGUUCCUGCAGCAGCCGCCGAAGCCAAUGCAGCCGCAGCCACUGCCGCAGCAGCAGCAGCACUUCGUCAUCCAGCCGCAGCAGCAGCAGCAGCAACUGGGCCCCCGUGGGCAGCCCCCCUCGGGCCCCCCCACCGCCCCCCAGCUCCAGCCCCUGCCCCCUGCCAGCCCCGGCCCAGCCCCCCAGCCCAAAACAGGGGUCCCCCAGGGAGCAGGGGGAGAAGGCGGCCCCCCCAACGGGCACCCUGGCUGCCACGCUGCACCCCGCAAGUUCCAGCACGCCUCGGCUGUCAUCCUGCAGCUGCAGCCUGCCGGCCCCACGCCCUCCCUCGGGGUCCCCGAGGGCGCCCGCCGGGACCUGCUGCCCGUGCCGAGGAGCGCCGAGAGCCCGCCUGCCGCCCCGCCGCAGCCCCCCGCCCUCUCGCCGCCCGCCGCCCCCCCGGGCCCCGACACUCCCGAGGGUGAGCGGCCCCUCACGCACGACUUCCGCAUCCGCCCCCGGCCCCGGUCCGGCCCCGCGGCCCGGGCGAGGGAGAGGCCGGGACAGCGGCAGCCGCCGCCGCCGCCGGACAAAGAGCCCCCCGAGCGCCUCCAUGCGCAGCCCCGCAUUCCCGGGAUGACCUCGGGCUCCGGCAGCGCUGCCGCCACCGUCGCCGGCGCCGCCCCCCACAAUGGUGAGAACAAACCUCCCCAGGCCAUCGUGAAACCCCAGAUCCUCACGCACGUCAUCGAGGGCUUCGUCAUCCAGGAGGGCGCCGAGCCCUUCCCGGUGGGCCGCUCCUCGCUGCUGGUGGGGGCCCUGCACAAGCAGUAUGCACAGGAGCUGCUGCCGGACAAGCUCCCGCCACAGGACAACACCACCACCACCGACUCGGACAUGGAGGAGCCGUACCUGCAAGAAUCCAAAGAGGAGGGGAACCCCCCCAAGUUGAAGUGUGAGCUCUGUGGCCGCGUUGACUUCGCCUACAAGUUCAAGCGCUCCAAGCGCUUCUGCUCCAUGGCCUGUGCCAAGAGGUACAAUGUGGGCUGCACGAAGAGGGUGGGAUUGUUCCACCCAGAUCGCAGCAAACUCCAGAAGCCAGGAGGGCCCCCCCACGGGCGGCGCCGCAGCUGCAAAGGGACCCUGCCUCCUCUGAGCAAGGACAGCAAGAAACAGCCCCCGGGUUCUGUCCCAGCGGGGUCGGUGACGGCGUCAUUGCAGCUCAACCACAGCCAGGAGGAUUCCAGCCGUUGCUCUGACAACUCCAGCUACGAGGAGCCGCUGUCGCCCAUCUCCGCCAGCUCCUCCACGUCCCGGCGCCGACAGGGAGAGAGGGACCUGGAGCUGCGGGACAUGGAACUGCCGGAAGUGCAUGGCCGCGACCUGCCCGGCCUCAGCCACCGCUUCCUGCCCAGUGAGCCCAGCAAGUGGAACGUGGAGGAUGUUUACGAGUUCAUCCGCUCGCUGCCGGGCUGCCAGGAGAUUGCAGAGGAGUUCCGGGCGCAGGAGAUCGAUGGGCAGGCGCUGCUGCUGCUCAAGGAGGAUCAUCUCAUGAGCACCAUGAACAUCAAGCUGGGCCCUGCACUCAAGAUCUACGCCCGCAUCAACAUGCUCAAGGACUCCUGAGGGGGGGGUGGCCACAGGACCCCAUUCCCCCGGCGAGAUCCCUGGUCCUUCUGGGAGCCCUGCAGGACCCCGACUCCCCACGCGGCCCCAGGGAGGGGGCAAGGGGGGGAAGACACUUGUGAGCACACCCUGCCCCCCCUUGCCCCCCAGGGGGUGUAAAUAGCCCGUAGCUCUAGAGUCCCACCCCAGUUUGGGGGGGUCACCCCCCUUUUCCAGCAGGGAGGGGGGGUCCCCACACGUCCCCCCAUGUCCCUCCCAAGUCAGCAGAGCCAAGCAGGACGGUUGCCUUAACACGUGCUCCCUCCCCCAGGUGGGUUUUGGGGCCCCCAGGGAAGCUUGGACUUCCCCUCCCCCCAAAGAGGGUCAGGGAGAGGUGGGGGGCGCAGAGGAGGCGUCACCCCCCCGUUCACACACACCCACACACACUGGGCUGUUUUGGGGGCACCUUAGCAGAGGAUGGUGGGGGGCCCCUCCCAGGCAGGUAAGGACCCCCCCAACUCACCCCUCAGCCAGCACGAUCUUUUUAAGAAAAGAAAAGGAAAAAAAAAAAUGAAAAAAACACAUGGCCCUAC